UCACAACGCUACCUGCCCAGCGCGCUGAGUGGAGGGUGAAGACCAGGCUGAGGAGCAGGGCGGCCCUCGGGGCGGAGGCUGAGACUGGCAAGAUGGCGUCGGUGUUUCGCAGUGAGGACAUGUGUCUGUCGCAGCUGUUUCUGCAGGUGGAGGCUGCGUACUGCUGCGUGGCUGAGCUGGGAGAGCUUGGCCUGGUUCAGUUCAAAGAUUUAAAUGUGAACGUAAACAGUUUCCAGAGGAAAUUUGUGAAUGAAGUCCGGCGGUGUGAGUCUCUGGAACGCAUCCUGCAUUUUCUAGAAGAUGAGAUGAAAAAUGAGAUCGUCAUCCAGUUGCCCGAGAAGUACCCAGAGACCCCUCUCCCUCGGGAGAUGAUCACCCUGGAGACUAUUCUAGAAAAACUGGAAGGCGAGUUACAGGAAGCCAACCAGAACCAACAGGCAUUGAAGAAGACCUUCCUAGAACUGACAGAACUGAAAUACCUCCUGAAGAAAACCCAGGACUUCUUUGAGACAGAAACUAAUUUAGCUGAAGAUUUCUUUACUGAAGACACUUCGGGUCUCUUGGAGUUAAGAACUAUACCCACGUUCAUGACUGGAAAGUUGGGGUUCACAGCUGGUGUGAUAAACAGGGAGAGGAUGGCUUCCUUUGAGAGGCUGCUCUGGCGAGUUUGCCGGGGAAAUGUCUACCUGAAGUUCAGUGAGAUGGACACGCCACUGGAGGAUCCCAUCACGAAAGAAGAAAUUAAGAAGAAUAUAUUCAUCAUAUUUUACCAAGGAGAGCAGCUCAGGCAGAAAAUCAAGAAGAUCUGUGAUGGGUUUCGGGCCACCAUCUACCCCUGUCCAGAGCCUGCAGCGGAGCGCAGGGAGAUGCUGGCUGAAGUCAAUGCGAGGCUGGAAGAUUUAAUCACCGUCAUCACGCAAACGGAAUCUCACCGCCAGCGGCUGCUGCAGGAAGCAGCUGCCAGCUGGCACGCCUGGCUCACCAAGGUGCAGAAGAUGAAGGCCAUUUACCACAUUCUCAACAUGUGCAACAUUGACGUCACCCAGCAGUGCGUCAUCGCCGAGAUCUGGUUCCCAGUGGCCGACACAGGGCGUAUCAAGAGGGCCUUGGAGCAGGGCAUGGAACGUAGCGGCUCCUCCAUGGUCCCCAUCUUGACUGAAGUGGAAUCUAAAACAGCUCCCCCCACCUUUAACAGGACCAAUAAAUUCACAGCCGGCUUCCAGAACAUUGUGGAUGCAUAUGGCGUGGGCAGCUACCGGGAGAUCAAUCCAGCUCCCUACACCAUCAUCACCUUCCCCUUCCUGUUCGCGGUGAUGUUCGGAGACUGCGGGCACGGGGUGGUCAUGCUGCUGGCCGCGCUGUGGAUGGUGAUCAACGAGAGAAGCUUGCUGGCCCAGAAGAGCAGCAGCGAGAUCUGGAACACCUUCUUCCAUGGGCGCUACCUGAUCCUCCUCAUGGGCAUCUUCUCCAUUUACACGGGGCUGAUCUACAAUGACUGCUUCUCCAAGUCUCUUAACAUCUUCGGGUCUUCUUGGAGUGUCCAGGCCAUGUUUAGGAACGGCAGCUGGAAUACUCAUGUACUGGAAGCAAAUAGCUACUUACAGCUGAACCCAACCAUCCCUGGAGUGUAUUCUGGAAAUCCAUACCCAUUUGGGAUUGAUCCGAUUUGGAACCUGGCUUCAAACAAACUCACCUUUUUGAACUCUUACAAAAUGAAGAUGUCGGUUAUCCUUGGGAUUGUGCAGAUGAUCUUUGGCGUUGUUCUCAGCCUCUUCAAUCACAUAUUCUUCAGGAAAAUAAUGAACAUCCUUCUGCAGUUCAUCCCAGAGAUGAUUUUUAUCCUGAGCCUGUUCGGAUACCUGGUGUUCAUGAUCAUUUUCAAAUGGUGCCAGUAUGAUGCCCACGUGUCCCAGUAUGCCCCCAGCAUCCUCAUCCACUUCAUCAACAUGUUUCUGUUUGACUAUGACGACCCCUCCAACGCACCCCUGUAUAGCCAUCAGCAAGAAGUCCAGACCUUCUUUGUGGUGAUGGCCUUGCUUGCCGUGCCCUGGAUGCUGCUCAUCAAGCCCUUCGUGCUCAGAGCCAGGCACCGGAGGUCUCAGCUGCAGUCCUUCACACUCCACUCAAAUGCCACAGAUGACAUGGAGGGUGGCCAUGCCAGCCCGUCUGCUCAGAAGCCUUCUGCAGCAGCCCAUGGUGCCCAGGAUGACCAUGAAGAAGAGUUCAACUUUGGGGACGUCUUUGUCCAUCAGGCCAUCCACACCAUCGAGUACUGCCUGGGCUGCAUUUCCAACACGGCCUCCUACCUCCGGCUCUGGGCCCUGAGCUUGGCGCAUGCGCAACUGUCUGAAGUGCUCUGGACCAUGGUGAUGAACAUUGGCCUGCGCGUGCGCGGCUGGGGAGGGAUCAUCGGCGUCUUCGUUAUUUUUGCUGUGUUCGCUGUUCUCACAGUGGCCAUCCUGCUGGUCAUGGAGGGCCUGUCCGCCUUCCUGCACGCCCUGCGGCUCCACUGGGUGGAGUUCCAGAACAAGUUCUAUGCUGGGGCUGGGUACAAGUUUUCUCCCUUCUCCUUUAAGCAUAUUCUGGAAGAGACGUCCGAGGAGUAGGCCUGGCUUUAAAUGUCUGUACGUCGUGGUGCCAGCAAAAGAAGUUCAGUCUUGUCUCUGAUGUCAGGCCUGGCAAGGCUGUCCCAUGGAGGAAUUAUUCUUGGCUCCCUGAAGUGUGGGGCUAUGUAUUUGUUGGUCCUAAGUCUUGGGAUUUGAUAUGACUUAACCCAGCCAUAGAGGAGCUGCUACUUUUGGCAAAUCAUUUUGACUUCGUUCUCAAAUAAUAAAAUGAUUGGAAAAAUGA